GGAGGGCGGUGGGUGGCGGUUGGUUGGUGGGUUCGGGGAAGAAGUUUCCAGAAGGAACCGAGGGGGUAAAACCGGAACAGGCGACACCUUCAGACAGACAGAGAGAGAGAGAGAGACUGACUUUCCAGUUCGAUUUGUAAACAAACAUGUCCUCGGAGUUCGAGAGCUACGAGCAGGACUUCGGCACCUUGACGGCAGAUAUCACUCAUAAGACCGGGAGGAUCCCGAAACUGUCCGGAGAUGAGAAGAAGCAUAUGGUUGGAAAUGUGGAAAAGCAGAUGGAAGAAGCACGGGAACUGCUUGAGCAAAUGGACCUUGAAGUACGGGAGAUACCAGUCCAAAGUCGUGGCAUGUUCAGCACUAGAAUGAAGAGUUACAAGCAAGAACUGGAAAAGCUUGAUAAGGAAUUUAAAAGGUCACGGAUCGCCUACAGUGAUGAGGUAAACCUUCGAAAUGAGCUCCUGGGGGAUGAUGGGAAUACCUCCGAGAACCAGUUGAUAAAAUUGCGUGAAGAGAGAGCCUUCCUGCUGGAUAAUACAGAACGCUUGGAAAGGUCAUCACGGAGACUAGAGGCUGGAUACCAAAUAACUGUUGAAACUGAACAAAUUGGUCAGGAGAUUCUGGAGAACCUGCAUCAUGAUAAAGAAAAGAUUCAAAGGUCUCGGGAUCGGCUGCGUGAAACCGACACAAACCUUGGCAAGAGCUCCAGGAUCCUAUCUGGAAUGUUGCGAAGGAUCAUCCAGAACCGCAUCUUGAUAUUUAUCCUGGGCGGCAUCAUUCUCCUCACCAUUGUGCUGGCCAUUUAUUUUGCUGUCAGAGGACACUGAUUUGUCUCUAUCCUUCAGUGAUUAAUAACGACAAACUGCUUGUUCAGUGUAAUUAGGACAAAUUGAUCACAUGAAUCAUCUGGCACUGACAGAUUUUCUUCUAGCUCACAUCGACUCGAGUGCAAGUGGUGUGUAAAAAAAAAAUGUUUUGGAGAAAUAUCGGUUGCAUGUAAUUUUAUUUUGUUUGUUUUUUGGGUGAGGGAAUGACUAGGAUUUUUAGUUUAGCUGAGAGUGUAAGGAGUUGAUGAUGUGAGUCUAGAGUUGGGGAUAGGGAAGAGGACGGUGGGGGGGCGGGGGAGGCGGUGUGGGGGGGAGGCAAAUUUUCGAAUCAUGUGCGUCCUGUUCUGAUGGGCUUGCAAUGUGUGCCGUGCAUCUUUGUGGAUAUGUGCAAAAUCUGUCAGCCGCUUGUAGAUUAUAUUUACAGAGGAUAAAUGACUGAGAACGGUGGUUAACCAAAAAAGAAGUCGUCGAGUUGACUCUUUUUUUAAAAAAAGGGCAAAAUGGGCUGCUAAUUCCCUGCCGUGACCACUUGGUUUAUUUUUGGGGUUGAUCCACCGCUUACCAGUUGUUUGUACCACAUGGUUUGGAAACACAAGUGCAAAUUAUUAAUCCAAUGCUCGUGAACCCCCCCCCGUCCCCCGUCCCCCGUCCCCUCGCUCCAAAGUGAACCUCGUCAUGUAAACGCCCAAACAUUGUAACUGGGUCUGAACUAAACAACCGCAAAUAAACACUUGCGAGCGCAGACGGACAGCUCAAGCGCAAAGUAACGCACCGUGUAAUUUUGGGGGGGAAAAAAAGAAAAAUGACUUAACAAAAUAAAAGUGAAUAUUCCAGAAGAGGCUACUGCAGUUUUAAAUGCUUCGUGUUUAAGAUGGCAAACCAGGAGCUUGACUGACGUCAAUUCUUCUAGUUUUGCGAUGAAGAGCAUUUGGUAUUCUGUUUAAGGCAGGCUGAAUUGUCUUAUUUCGGCACUGGCUUGGUGGGGGGCUUUCUUUGCUGUUGCUUCAGAGAUGGCAGCUUCAAAGCCUGAAAUUAAUAGUGAACAAAAUUGUACAGAUCUGACCAUCCCAUGUGGGUAGAACCCAUUGAGGUUAUCAUUAUAUUAAAAUCCACCAAUUCCACAAACCUCAUCUGAUAAUGACCUCUAUAGUUUUUCAUUACCAUGGCACCCGCAGAUUGUCUACCCUACAGGAGAAGAAGAAAAAAAAAAUUGUGUUCCUUGCUAUAUAGUUUUUUUUUUCUUUUUUUAAACCUGUCAGAUCAUUUCAGUAUUUCAAACCUGAAGAAAACAGCCUGCCUGAAAAUGUAUUUGAAGUUGUAAUAGUGUCAAAAAGUCACGGUUGACUGACAGAUGUCAGUCCCUGUGGACCUCAUUAAAUCAUAAAAACUUGACAAGGAAAUAAUUGUGCAUCACCGACAAACCUGGCUGCUGUUUAAACAUUUUAUUUUGUUUCAUUAUCAGGAGCAACUAUUUUGUUCAUUAAGAAAUUGCAUUAAACAACAGUUUUGCAGCUAAUGAUCUGUUCUGGGCUUAUGUCUGUUUUCUUUAAACAUCAGCCGCUUCGUGUGGUUUCUUUGCAGUCAUGCUAUCAUCUGGCAGAAAUCUACCACUCCAAGCUACGGGUACCAUUGGAAUAUAAAAUGGAUUAUUCAUUACUUGUGACUUAUUUGGUUUCAUGUAGUGGUUGAGGGCUUCGCUGCCUUUCACGGAGAAGGAUGAAAACUUGUCAAAAAUAGGUUAUAUCUUAUUCUCGGGGCAACAAAAUCAGUGGGUACACACACAUGCUUCAAUGUUUAAUUAAUGCAGAUUUUAACUCCUUUACAUGACUUCAACUGUGAGUUCCACACCGGCAAAGAAAACCCGCACUUACAAAAUACUGCCCGUUAAUUGGCAACCUGGAAGUAUGUCAUGAUUUAUAAAUUACUGCUAACUUCAGGUUAUAUUGUCUAAUAAUGAGAUCCUUUUAAAAACCUAUCCAUAUUCAUGUACUGAUGUGUUGCCCACGUGUUUUAAAAGCAGAUUUGUCAUGUGUGAAUUUGCCAUUACUGUAAUAACCGCUUCCAGUAAAUAUUUUCCCGAUGUAUAUUUAUUCAAUCAGUUUUGUACAAAGAGCGAUGGAUUCUGCCUUUAUGUUUGCUUUCUCCAUGUUGUCCUCAUAUUAGAUGUAUGGAAUGUGUAUGUUAUUUAACGUAUCAAUUACAGUAUUACAUUCCAAAAGAA